AUGGAGUACAAACCGGACAUUGUCAUUAAAAAGGCAACUAUGAUUAGAAAGAACUUCAAUGACAUCAAUCAGGUCUACAAUUUCGAGAAGGGUGUAUGUCACAAUAUUUUAAAUGAAUUCAAUAAUCUUAAUAAAUAUCCAUAGAAACUCGGAAGUGGGUCAUACGGAGUGGUGCAUAGGGGUAUUCAUCAAGUAACUGGCUAAGAAAGAGCUAUCAAGGUUAUUCCCAGAGCUAAAAUUAAGAACAUGGACAGGUUCAAAACUGAGGUCAAGAUUCUUCAAACUUUGGUAAAUAUAAGCACAACUUUUAAUACAUUCUAGGAUCAUCCAAAUGUCAUCAAGCUUUUUGAAUAUUUUGAGGACGAUACAAAUGUAUAUCUUGUAAUGGAAGUUUGCAGUGGCGGAGAGUUGUUUGAGAGAAUUAUUGAGAAAGAAUACUUCUCAGAGAAAUAUGCUGCUUAGGUUUUUAAACAAAUCUUAGAAGCUAUAAAUUACUGUCAUAAUAAUGGAGUUUGCCAUAGAGAUUUAAAACCAGAGAACUUCUUAUAUGAAAAUAAAGACGAUAGCUCAGACGUUAAAAUUAUUGACUUUGGUCUCUCUAAGAUCUUAGAUGGUGGUUCAAAACACGCACUUUAAAGAAUGAAGACCAAAGCAGGAACUCCUUAUUAUAUUUCCCCAGAAGUAUUGACUGGAAACUAUGAUAUUUCUUGUGAUAUGUGGUCAGCUGGGUGUAUUCUGUACAUUCUGCUAUGCGGUUACCCUCCAUUUUAUGGUGAUGAUGAUCAGGAAAUUUUGCGCAUGGUUAAAAGAGGAGAAUUCGAUUUCGAUGGGGAGGAAUGGGAAGAUGUUUCCAAUGAUGCCAAAGAUUUAAUAAAGAAACUUAUUUGUAAACCUGAGAGAAGACUGACUGCAGGAGAAGCUCUUCAACACACAUGGAUUAGGACUCUCGCCAAAAACAGCAAAGUUGAAAGACUUACAAAGCUAAAUCUUGAUUCUUUGAAGAAAUUCUAGCAUCAUUAAAAACUUAAGCAGGUAGCGCUUACAGCUAUUGCAGUUCAUAUAAACCCAAAGGAUAUUAAACAACUCAAAGAUAGUUUCAAAGCUCUAGAUAAAAAUGGAGAUGGGUGUUUGAAUCUGGAAGAACUUAAAUUAGGGUUGAGUGAUAUGAAAAACGGAGAGGAAAUAUUAGCAUUGAUGUAGGCUGCUGAUACAGACAAGAGUGGCACAAUCAAUUAUACAGAAUUUAUUGCUGCAACAUUAGAUGCUUAGGUAUUUAUGAGAGAAGAAAAUCUAAGAAACGCUUUUAUGAUGUUCGAUACUGAUCAAAGUGGGAAAAUUGAUGCCAAAGAAAUCAAACACCUUCUAGAGGGCGAUGAUUUUAAGGACUAGGUUAGUUCGGAUUAAUUAUCCUAAGUCCUCUAAGAUGUUGAUGUAAAUGGCGAUGGAGAGAUCGAUUUUGAAGAAUUUUUGACGAUGAUGAGGAAAAUUAUUUGA